GUUCUGCAGUACCAAUAGGAAAACAAAAUGUCAGACAGUACUACAUGUGAACAUUUCUAUUUAUUGUCCAAUGACGUGUCCUUAUAACAUGUGAAACUUGUUAACUUCUUAUCUACCUUUGGUGACCUUUAAAGGACACAUAUGAAAACAAUUUCGUGACCAAAGACAGACCAACGACAGACCAGAUAGAAACCUGGAGGAAAUGUUCUGGAAGUAUGUUGCCGUCCUUACUAUACUUAUGUUUGAAUACACAACGGCUUUAGUUAUACAUAAGCCGCCAAUAAUUCACACCAAUCAUCCAUACCUAAAUAUCAAGGAAAAUUCAAGAGCGGGGACAGAGUUUGUCAUAAUAGAUGCUUCAAGUCAAACAAAUGACACAGUAACUAUAACAACACACGACAAUGCCACAGCAGCAAGAGUAUAUCUGUUCCCAACAAGAUUAGGAAUCAAUUCAACAUACAGAGUUGCUCUUAAGAAGAUCCCGGAUAGAGAGGACGAACGUACAUGGUAUUUGACAUUUAAGGCACAUGACAAUCAUGGAGAUACUUCAUGGACUUUGCCACUACAUAUUGAUGAUGAAAAUGACAACGCUCCAUUCUUUGCACACGACCAUUAUCAUUCUGUUGUUGGAUAUGGAUUGGCAGUUGGGUCUAAAAUUUUACACGUGACUGCAAUGGAUGCAGACGAAGGACCAAAUGCAGCAAUAAGCUACUCCAUGAGCCCCUACCAUGUUUCAUCUCCCUCGUCAAGAUACAAUGCUUUUGAAAUCGAUCCAAACACCGGAGGUAUAACUUUAAAGGAGGAGCUCCAGCAUGGUCACACAACGUAUCAUUAUCAAGUAAAUGCAACGGACAAUGGUGUUCCGAAACAAUCAUCAUCAACACUGGUCAAUAUCGAAAUAUUCGAUUUCUGA